GGAGGGAGGGAGGGAGAAAAAGGCCGCGCGCCCCCACGCGCCCCACUCCGGACCAUGAGCGUCCGGUGAGGGGCUGGGCGCGGUGAGGGAGUUGCUCUGCGGCCUGGGCCCAGCAUGCCCUGCCCCGGCGCUGCCCCUCCCGGCGCCCUGGCCCUCUUGGCGCUGCUGGCCCACCUCGCCUUGCCCUCGCAGGCCGCGCACCGACGACCCCCCGCCCCCGCCGCCGCCGCCGCCGCCCCGGGAAGGACCCUCGUGCUCCUCGACGUCGGGCCCCGCAGCCCGCGCCGGGUCACCAGCGAGCGCUUCCUCUCGCUCCAGAUCGACCCCGCCGUCCUGCACGACGGCUGGCUCGACUUCCUCAGCUCCCGCCGCCUGGUGACCUUGGCCCGGGGCCUGGCGCCCGCCUUCCUCCGCUUCGCCGGCAAGAGGACCGACUUCCUCCAGUUCCAGAACGUGAAGAACCCGGCCAAGAGCCGCGGCGGACCCGGCCCCGACUACUACCUCAAGAACUACGAGGACGAUAUUAUUCGCAGUGAUAUUGCCUUGGAUAAGCAGAAAGGCUGCAAGAUCGCACAGCACCCAGAUAUCAUGUUGGAGCUUCAGAGGGAAAAGGCAGCUCAGAUGCACCUGGUUCUCCUUAAGGAGCAGUUUUCCAACACAUAUACCAAUCUCACACUAACAGCCAGGUCUCUAGACAAACUCUAUAAUUUUGCUGAUUGCUCUGGCCUUCAUCUCAUCUUUGCAUUGAACGGUUUGCGCCGGAACCCCAACAAUUCCUGGAACAGCUCCAAUGCCCUCAGCCUCCUCAAAUACAGUGCCAGCAAGAAGUACAAUAUAUCUUGGGAACUUGGCAAUGAACCCAAUAACUACCGAGCUCUGACAGGGCGAGCAGUGAAUGGCACUCAGUUGGGUAAGGACUAUAUGCAGCUGAAGAGCCUGCUACAGCAGAUCCGUAUCUACUCCCGAGCCAGUCUCUAUGGGCCAAAUAUUGGAAGGCCUAGGAAGAAUGUUGUGUCCCUUCUCGAUGGGUUCAUGAAGGUGGCAGGGAGCACAGUGGAUGCCGUUACCUGGCAACAUUACUACCUUGAUGGCCGAGUGGCCAAGGUGACGGACUUCCUGAAAACGCGCCUGUUAGACACACUCUCUGACCAGAUCAGGAAAAUCCAGAAAGCUGUCAAUGCACACGUGCCUGGAAAAAAAAUUUGGCUGGAGGGCAUUGGAGCCACCUCUGAAGGAAGCAUCACCAACCUUUCGGACUCCUAUGCUGCCAGUUUUCUGUGGCUGAACGCCCUUGGGAUGCUGGCCAGUCAGGGAAUUGAUGUGAUAAUGCGACACUCAUUUUUUGACCAUGGGCACAGCCAUCUUGUGGACCAGGACUUCAACCCCCUGCCGGAUUACUGGUUGUCCCUGCUGUACAAGCGUCUUGUUGGGCCUAGAGUACUUGCUGUGCAUGUGGCUGGCCUGCAGAGGAAGCCUCGCCCUGGCAGAGUGAUUCGUGAUAAGUUACGCAUCUAUGCUCACUGCACCAGCCACCAUAACCACAGUUAUGUCCGUGGUUCCAUCACACUUUAUAUCAUCAACCUUCAUCGGUCCCGGAAGAAAAUCAAAUUAGUGGGAACCCUUCGGGAUAAACUUGUCCAUCAGUAUGUGCUGCAGCCCUAUGGUCAGGAAGGACUACAUUCUAGGUCAGUGCAGCUUAAUGGGCAGCUGCUCACCAUGGAGGAUGAUGGGACCCUGCCUAACUUGAAACCACGUUCUCUUCGUCCUGGACGGACUCUGGUGAUUCCACCACUCACAAUGAGUUUCUACGUGGUAAAGAAUGUCAAUGCUCUUGCCUGCCGAUAUCGGUAGCUCCAUCCAUCCUACUGCCAAGAACAGUUGGGGCCUAUCCUGGCAAGUGGCAUUUCUUGGUAGGCUCAACAGACAUCACAGAAAAAUUAGGGUGAAAAGGCCCUUGAGAAACUUCAGAGGAGGGUCAAACUGAAAGCACAGUCAGCCAUUUCAGAAAUUGAAUGCUUCAUCUAUGCAGGUGGCAAUGCCAGCACCUGUGAUGGCUACUCCAUGAUGGAAAGAAAAGAAGUGUUUUCCUGCUACCUCAGCUGGGUCAAGGCCAAAUUCUUAUUUUUCCCUUUAUGGAAAGAACAUUACACAAGAGCUAGAAGGAAUUGACUUCCAAGCUGUCCCCCUGAAGAGCUGAGUACCAAGAAGCUAUUGCAGAAGAUGAGUGAGGAAACCUGAACUUCUGCAAAGUGACAUUUCCAUGGAAAGCUGCCUAUGCUGCCCUCUUCUUGACAGCCUGGGAAGCAUCUUAAACUAUGAAUGACUCUUAAACAUUGAGACAAAUCUAUAAACUAAGGAUUUUGUGCCACCUGGUGGGCAGGAGAAAUGGCUGUAAAAGAGAGAGAACCUCUUCGCUAUAUUUGCUAAGCAUAUGCACAGGCACUGUGUCCAUCAUUCUAGCAGCUGCCAAAAGUGUAUCAACAGAGAAAGCUUUAUAAUCUAGGCCUUCGAGCUUUAUUCCUGUGGAUUUUUCUCCCCCUGCUGGCAACUAUCACAAGAGCAUGUUAUACACAGCUGGCAACAGAGAAAGCUAUGCAGUUGUUGGGCAUGAGAUGGAGAUCCAAAGGGUAUGCAAAAAGAUGCAGUUGUGCAAGGCAUGUGCUAACACAGGACUCAGAACAGCCUCUUUUAUAAAUAGUUGUGCUGCAGAAGAAAGAUAAUGCAGCAUAUGACAGUUUGGAUAAGAACUACUGGGUGCCUGCAGCAUUGUGAGUUGGAAGAGGAGAGGUUUGGUCUUGGCUGCUGUCAGUAACGCUGCCACCCGGGAACAUUUGCUGCAAAUGUUAAUUAUUAAAUUAUAUUUUCUGAAGAACCGAAAAGAUACUUGAAUGACUGAGAGAUGGGAAUUUGUAAGAGAAUUGUCUUGCUUCAGGGAGGUAAUCACAUUUCAAAAUGACAGCUGACAUACUUAGAAAUUGCAAUCACAUUCUUGUUUCAGGACUCUAGGCAUUGUUGGUAUCUAUAUUCUUUACGACUGGUAUCUGCAUUUUACAAAAAUUCACAGCUAGUUUCAGAAGUCAACCAGACUUGUCUUUGAGUAUCAGUAUUCUUACUUUGUUUUCCUGGAACCACCAGCAAGUAACUAUAUUCCUGGCUGUAAUCUCCUUGUGAUGCAACCGAGGAAUAAGCUUUGGUUCUUGCACUCACAGAAAUUAGACUAUUCUUGCAGGUGAUAGAAUGCUGAUGGAUAAAAAGUUACAGAUGUCAGGAAGCCCUGUUGAGGUACUCUCAUCCAAGUCCAAUGGUCACAUGGGACGUAGAUUGCUAGCAUUAAAUCUACAUAAAAGGCCUCCUUGAACAUGAAGACCUCUUAAAUUAUGGGCAAAGUAUUUGGCAGGAUUUUGUUUUAAAACAUGAUGCCAAAAUAUGAAAGAAUGCAAAAGGAGAAAUUUGCAGUACUUCCAGAUGAAGAUUUUACUGUGCAUUACCUCUUUCAUGGAAGUUUACAGAUGGUCCAGCUUGCUCAUUAUCCAUUUGCAGUUCUCCCUUCCUUAGGGAGGGCUUCCUUCUUUGGUUUCCCCACAUUUUUCCUUUUAUAAGGGGAAAUUAAGGAACAAAGAAUAGCAGCACACUGCCUUUUAAUUUUGAGUGACAGGAAUCUGUCCAGAAUCCCAAGAACUACAAUUUAGUCACAGACACUUCUGAAAACAAAUUGCUUGUUACAUUCUUUCUGAUGUCUGUUUAUCCCUUCUGGAUUGGGGAAAAUAAGGACUUACUAGUAUAAUCAGACGAAGGGAAGACAGAUUAUAUUUAAAAAUCUUAUCAGGCUGAAGCUAUAUUUUGGUACUAAACUUUGCUUCUGCCCAAUUUUAUUUAAACUCAAAACAUCUUCUUGUCCAUCAUAUGUUGAGGAAUCUGAGCUGUUAGGCUCAAAAAAAAAUAACCCUCAGUUGGGGUGAUUCCACCAUAAGUGUAGCAGAGUGCUAGAAACAAACUUCAUAACCAGCUGAAACUUACGUGUGGUGAGCUAGGAUAAGCUUCUAUUCAUCAGGAUGGCACAGGAUUACAGAGCAAAACUUUAGGUUCAAAAAUAUUUAUUGAAGUAAAAGAAAUACAUUCUUGAUAGAAAAGGUCUUGGAACUAUCUAGUUUACUAAUCUCAUCUUCUAAAAAUGUAAAAAUGAUAAAAAGUAUCAAAAAGUUCAUGCAGCUAUAUUUUGCUUGGAGAGGGGCAAAAUGCAUCCUUGCUAGAAGGAAGAAAGGGCAGAGAAAACAACAAUGGAGGAUGGCUGCAUGGCCAAAAACCAAGGGCAAUAAAAAUACCUUUAAAGAAUAACUCACCUCAUACCUCACAGAGAUUCCAUUGCUAUAAUGUCAAAGGGGGAGGAGGUAGAGUAGAGAUAAAAGCCCCUUCUGGAGGAAAGAAAGCAUGCAUAGGAAUGUGUGUGUGUGGGGGGGGGGGGGGAUUCCCUCACAUCCUAUUUCUAGUCUAGCUACUCAUUGAGGUCUAGAGACUUGAUGACACAAGAGACUUGUGCUGUCCAGGAAUGUAUUAAAGCUCAGAACAACUUCUUGUCCAUCAUAACUGACUGCUUGCUCUACCAGCAUUUUAAUUAGAAGAGAAAUGCCUUUGAGUUGAAUCUAAGAGGUUACAGCAAAUAAGUGCAGCUCAUAGGUUGCAUGCAGCUUCAAAGAUCUUUUGUGUGUGAGUGUGCUGUCCCCAAACAUCACCAAGUCUCCUCUCAGGAAGACAAUGACAGCAACAGCACCAGGGACUCUAGCAUCCCCUAAUGGCUACCAAAAAAAGAAGGAGCAGAUGUCUGGCUGCUGUCUAUUUUUACAAUGUUUGCAUGCCUCUGGGAGUCCAGAAGCAAAGACAAUUGGGAGAAGGGACUGUGAAUUUUACCUGCAUACUGCACUCUCUAGACCAGGGCUCCUCAAACCUUUUAAGCAAGAGCCGGUUCAAGGUCCCUCAGAGUGUUGGAGGGUCAGACUAUGGUCUGAAAAAACAUGAACACUGCACAUAUCUUAUUUGUAGAUUCAACAUAAGAUGCAAGUUUAAAAUUCAUGAUUAAAACUAGCUAUGUAGGUCUGCUGGAAGAGAUAGGUUUUUAGAUGGUUUUAAAAUUCUGAUAGCUCAUUUAGGAUAAGAUUUAAAGACCUCUAUUUUUUGGGUGGGGGUGGUUCAGAUCCUUUACAGUUCGGUCUCCAAGUAUGUGGCCAAAGAAGACCAAAAUGCAUGCCAUCACACAUAUAACUUGCAAUCAGCCCCAAUCAGACCAGGAAUCCAACUCAAGAGGAAGUCUUCAUAUGAAAAUCUUAAUGUGCAUAAGGUUUUAGUGCCAUAUGUGAGGAAAUAUACAAGGUUCCUGGUAUAUGGAAACAAAUUAUAAUAUUGAUUCAACAAGUGCUCUGCAGUUUGCUUUCUAAACUGAAGAGACCGAAAAGAGAAAAGAUAAUGUAUAAUGGGAGAGCCAUCCUCCUGUCUCACCCUCUGUCUCCAAUUGUGAGGAUCUGAACCUAUCCCACUGCCAUGGCACCAACUUUUAGGUGCCUUUCUCCUGUGCAAAACUUGAUUUGUAUGAUCCCAUCAAUGGACACUGCUGUCCUUGAACCACUGCUUCUGCCACAGGCCCUAUAUGUCUGAAUUCAUCCACUCCAAUAACACUAUUGUAGUAUUAUCAGAUGUGUACUACAAAAUUUAAUUUAUUUUUAUUAUUAAAUUCAACAUAAGUUUAACAUUACUUAUUUAACACAUCCAGAUCCUAACAGACCCUAAAUAUCUCUCGUUUCUCUCCCAUGUCUCUGUAUCUCUUGUUCCUUACUUCAAUACUCAUCUUCAAUACUAUCACUCUAAGUGACAUCCUAACCUUUUAAAUGUUCCUUCAAUUAUUCAGCCACUCACCAGUCACUCACAACAUUCCAUAUUUUCACUCUUUCCCAGCAGAUCUUACUGUAUUUACUAUACAUCAUGUACAGAACCAUAGGAAAUAUUUUACCUUAAUUUUUCUAAUAAACAUAACAGAAUUUUCCACCUUCCAAAAGUCCAAAACAUCAUGCAUACCACAUGAAGAUGCCAGUAAAACUGUUGCUGCUGACUUGCAAAAUGCAGCAGCUGUGAUAAAGAAAAACUCAGAUGUGGUGGUUUGUUAUGCACCAGUUCAGCCAGAUGUGGUACAAUCAGUAAAAAACAAACAAACAAACAAACCCUUGUGCUUGUGGAUUGCUCCUAUGUGCAUACCAGAAUUCACACUAAGUAAUGCUGUCUCAUUUUUCUAGUCUCACCAAGACAGAAAAACAUUUCCACAACCCAACUGUGACCUAUAGCUGUCAUGUAGCUCAUGCCCAGGUCCCUCAUUGUACCUAAAUUAGCCUGAACGUCCAUUUAGGAUCCCAUAUACUAUUGAUCAAAGGAUUCCAAGUUUAGUAGCUCAGAGUAGGUUGUCUCAACUGCUUAGGGGUUAUUUUGUUUUAGAGAGCCCUUUCUCGCCAAAUUUGUUCAUGUCCAAAGUCAAAAAAGGAUACUAUCUCAGUCUGGCAAUUCUCUUCCUAGUUUACUCUAGACAGAAGAGUUCAGCAACAUGUGGCCCUCUGGAUGUUAGAUUUCAAUCUGUGAUGGACGGUGGGACUUGAAUUCCAACAUCUAGAAGGCUAUAAGGUAGGGGUCCUCAAACUUUUGAGACAGAGAGCAAUAGUUUGAAAAAAAUGAACAAAUUCAUAUGUACAUUGCACAUAUAUUAUUUGUUGUGCAAAAAAUGAAAGAACAAAACAAUAUUUAAAAUGAAGAACAAUUCUAAGAAAUAUAAACUUGCUAGUAUUUCAAUGGGAAGUGUGGGCCUGCUUUUGGCUGAUGAGAUAGUCAAAUUAAUUGGAAUUGUGUGCCUUCAAGUUGUUUGAGACUUAGGAUGACCCUAAGUCUAGAGAUUAGGAUGGGGGCCAGGUAAAUGACCUUGGAUGGCUGCAUCUGGCCCCACGGGCCUUAGUUUGGGGACCCGUUAUAAGGUACCCGGGGAAAAUGGUGGGGGUGGGGGAGACUUCUCCUCUACAGACGUCUUCAUUGAAGAGCAUAAAACUGGGCAGUACAAAUAUUUUCAUACACAUUAAAACCUGCCUCUCCAAGUGAGCUCAUGCACAAGCUCUAAAAUCAUCAUUCAAAAUGUCAAAAAGUCCACUCAUCUUCACAAAACUACUUCCUUUGGACUAAAAUUCUCAGAUUCCUCCAGUUAAUGUAGUCACUUUCCAAGCUCUGGAAAUGAUUCAAGUACGUAGCCAUCAUCUUACAACUGGCUGCUGCAGAAUAUACUCAAACAGGACCAUUCCCACAACACUUCCAAGUAAGCCAAAUAAGUGAAGAAGACUUAAGUGUAAUCCCAAAUUGUGGUGCUCUGGAUGGACAGUCUUAAAUCUUUCACUCUCAGUACACUGCUGUGGUGAUUAAAUCAUGUUGGGGAGUAUGUGUGAAUGCUGUGAGACAGAGCGGAGAACCUUGCAGGUGCAUUAAUUCUGCAAGCCAUAUGAUCUCCAUCUUUGUAUCACAGUAAUUUGCGAAAUCUAUUAAGGACAGGAAAAGCUAUUCACUUGCAAUCCCGCCAUUCCUCCUCCAUCACUUCAACUGUUGCUAUAUUGUCUCCCAUCUGUACUGUGCAGACUAUUAUGUAACUCACUUUAUUUAUUAUAGUUUUGAACAUUAUAGCAGGGAGAAAUAAGUGCACCGAAGAAAUAGCCUUUAUGCUUUUGUUAAGGGAAGUGUGGGGUGUGUUCUCUGCAUUGCCAUUCCCCUGACUGAUUGAAAACAUGAGAAAUCCUUAACAUGUUUCCUGUAGGGAGUUUGCCUGAGACCACUCCAUCUUCACAACACAACUCAAUAUUUGGAUUUAACUUCUACAUUAAGGGGAUUUUUCACCAAAAGAUUUAAGACGAGAAAGUCUUACUUUGUCCUUCCCUGCUUCUCCACUGAACCUUCAUGCAGCAGUAGACAUUUACACAAAGACAUAAAUAUUGUUACUUUUCUUUUCCUUCCAAAAAUGUUUGCUGGAGGAAGAAGCUCUCUUCUUGCCUCCACUCUACACCAGCCUUGCGCAGAUGGAGUCCUGUGCUGCUCUUCACCCAAAGAAAGGUCACCAUUGAAUUUACUUCUGCAAGAUUUUUGUUCAAUACAGCAAAUUCACUGUUAAAUUCUGCCAUUUCUGUUUUUAAUAAUAAAUAAAUAAACAAACAUAACCUAA